GCCCUGCCCGUGUCCCAGGUGGUGCUGGCACUGCCCUACGACACCCCCGUGCCCGGGUACAUGAACAACACCGUCAACACCAUGCGGCUCUGGUCGGCCCGGGCGCCCAAUGACUUCAACCUGCGGGACUUCAACGUGGGGGACUACAUCCAGGCUGUGCUGGACAGAAACCUGGCAGAGAACAUAUCCCGUGUCCUCUACCCCAACGACAAUUUCUUUGAGGGGAAGGAGCUGCGGCUGAAGCAGGAGUACUUCGUGGUGGCUGCCACCCUCCAGGACAUCAUCCGGCGCUUCAAAGCCUCCAAAUUCGGAAGCACGGACAGCGUCCGGACGGUGUUUGACUCCUUCCCCGACCAGGUCGCCAUCCAGCUGAACGACACCCACCCCGCCAUGGCCAUCCCUGAGCUGAUGAGGAUUUUCGUGGACAUUGAAAAGUUGCCGUGGAACAAGGCCUGGGACAUCACCAAGAAGACCUUCGCCUACACCAACCACACGGUGCUCCCCGAAGCCCUGGAGCGCUGGCCGGUGGACCUGGUGGAGAAGCUGCUCCCCAGACACCUCCAGAUCAUCUAUGAGAUCAACCAGAGACACCUGGACCACAUCGCCUCCCUCUUCCCCAACGACGUGGAGCGGCUGCGGAGGAUGUCCCUGAUAGAGGAGGGAGGCACCAAGAGGAUCAACAUGGCCCAUCUCUGCAUCGUGGGCUCCCACGCCGUCAACGGCGUGGCCAAGAUCCACUCGGAGAUCGUCAGGACUCAGGUCUUCGAGGACUUCGCAGCGCUGGAGCCAGAAAAGUUUCAGAACAAGACCAACGGCAUCACCCCGCGGCGCUGGCUCCUGCUCUGCAACCCGGGGCUGGCCGAGCUCAUCGCAGAG